AGGUGGAGGAGGAGGAGGAGGAGGUUGCCGGUAGCGGCGUCUAGACGGUGACUGAAACGAUGCAGAGCACCGGCGACUACUAUCAGAGGGCGCCGAGAUGCUGUCCAGGAAGAAACGCCAACGCGAACGCGGACGCGUUAAGGAUCAGCGCUUCCGUCCGAGGAGCGGAGUUGCUGUGCUGUUGCUGCAGCUGCAGCACGGCAACGUCUACCAAGACGCCAGGACUGUUGGCCAGCCUGGGGGUCUGCGUGCUCGUCCUGGGCUACACGCUGUUGGGUGCGUUCGCGUUCAUGGCGCUGGAAGGUGGCCUCAAGUCGGAUUCAGCGAACGACUUGCUCGUUCCCGGGGGUUCCAAAACCGAAGGAGGAUCGUACGUGUCUAGCUUCGAGGACGACCCCGCGGCCAUGGAAUUAAGAGCGCGCACCGUUGAAAGGCUGUGGAGCAUCACAGAAGACUUGAACGUACUGUACAAAGAAAACUGGACGCGGUUAGCGGCCAGGGAGGUGUUCGAGUUCCAGGAGAACUUGGCACGAGGUCUCAGGAGGACGUCCUCGCAGUACGAGUCGGUUGGACCAUCUUCUCGAUCCAGGGACCAUUCCAUGGAGAGAAGACCAAACAGAAGAUGGACCUUCAGUGGCAGUCUCUUGUACUCCCUGACGCUAAUUACCACCAUUGGAUACGGUAGCGUGGCGCCUCGCACAGUCUGGGGUCGUUUGAUCACAAUAGUGUACGCUCUGGCUGGGAUCCCCCUAAUGCUGGUCUAUUUAAGCACGGUUGGUGACGUUCUCUCAAGGAGCUUCCGCCGUUUGUAUGGCAGACUGUGCAGGCCUCGAAAUUGCGCCAGAAAGCAACAACCGCCACCACCGCCUCCUCCUGUGGGUGGCAUUAUGAGCAAAACUUACAGAUAUGAUAACCACGUCGAUUCGAAAUCUGGAAAUUACUAUUCAGCUAGCAGGGAGAGUUCUUGCGACGAUCUGGGAACCCGAGGCACCAGCAGUGCCAUCUUAUUGGAUUGCGGAAGCGAAGGAUUGCUUCAUGCUACCACCAGCUCCACCGCAGCACUUCAGGACGUGGCAUCAGGUAACAGCAAACGCCAUUUCCACCCGUGCUCGCUGUCCCUGUCGACGAACUCGUCACCAGGCUACGUGGUGGAAACGAAUCCCGUGAGGAUACCGAUCAGUCUCUGCCUAGUGAUUAUGUUAAUCUACAUAUGCGGUGGCGCGGUGAUGUUCAAUCGUCUGGAGGGUUGGAGUCUGCUGGAAGGUGGCUACUUCUGCUUCACCAGUCUCGGAACAAUCGGUUUCGGCGACCUGAUGCCAGUUGGACGAAACGCCGCGUCCCCCACCUUGGAGGAGCUUAGCCUGUGCGCCUGCUCGCUCUACAUACUCGCCGGGAUGGGCCUGAUCGCCAUGUGCUUCAACCUCGUCCAGGAGGAGGUGGUACGCGUGGUCAGGGUCUUCGGUAGAACCUGCGGCAUGUCGUCGGGGGUGGUGGUCGGACCUAUCGGUGGUACAGCAUCAGGCCAGGAGCCCCGGCGAUGGGAAGCUCCUGGCCCACGCGUCCAACACUGCCAUAAAACCAUCACCUGGCCAUCAUUCUCUGCCACGAAAGAAAACGCCGUCUGAAUCUAGGAAUUCGUCGACCCAACAGUUCCAACGUGCCCAGUCUCUGAGACGCAGCUGCUUGUCACCAACGCAGUACCAUCAUCAGCAACACCAUCAACACCGCCAGCAGGAAAGCUCCCUACACUUUGAGUAUUUCGUGCCUAGAAGCGUGAGCGAGUUCAACCUGGCAGCAGCGGCAGUCACGGACAUGGCUGUGCCACCGCCGCCUCCUUCAUCGGUCCUCCGACCAUCUUCGGCCAUAACGCCGCCGAUCGGCUCCGCCGCCUCGAAUUCAGCAUCGUCGAAUCAAGCCAGGUUAUUAGAGUGCUCCGGAACGGCGGCCAGGAGUCGAGAGAAGAUGGUCACCUUCGAAGACGAGGGUGUAAGCUGCGCCACCUCCACGCCCACCAGGAAGAAUAUUUCCGGGCUGGAGAACAUUAUCAAGGCUCUAAGACACGAACGUGUCUUCGAGAAUGAAGAUCCACGAAUUCUGAGGAUACUUAAGGGCGAUUCCGGAAAUGUCACGAAAGACACUAGAUUUCUACCGUUUACAUUAUAA